AUGUAAAGCAGAAGCAUGAGCGCACACAGGAGGCUUAAAAGUCUGCCCGUCGCUGCGGUCGGCUUCACUCUGUGGUCUUAACGUCAGGGGACCCUCAGCACCAUGGACCUCCAGGAAUCUUGGGUCAAAGGAGGCAUCCUGAUCACCCAUGACGUCCAAGAAGGAAAACACCAAUAUGAAGUCAAAAACAUCAUCAAAAGCAGAAGAGGAAUUGGAGAUAAAUCGUUUGUCAGGAGAGGAGACAAACUGCUGCAGGUAAAUGGCAGCGACCUGCACGACGUCGACCCUGAGGAGUUGGCACAAAAGUUAGCUGAAGGAAAUCCCAUGUUGACGGUGCACAAAGCCAUAAAGAAAAAGGAACACACUGAUAGUUCCUCACCAGCUGAAAAUGUGAUGUAUCCUUACGACAAAGAGAAAAUGCUGCUCAAUUUCAGGAUGGAGAUGACGAAGGAGGAAGACUUGGGGAGGGAUGAAGGCGGCGUGGAUGGCACUACAGUGGAGGAUGAGUGCAAAGAGGAGAAUGGGGAGAGUGAGCAAGACGGUGACUUUCUCAUCGUUACUAUGACGAAAACCAGCGUGUCUGUGUUGGCAGGACGGAGCUGUGACACCGUGAGCCCCUGUCAGGAAUGUCAUGGGGUCGGAUGCAACUACAGUGAUGUUGUCAUGGUAACAGAGUCCAGUACAGUGACGCUGGUUCCCAGAGGAGGGGGCAGUUUCAAAAGGGUCAAGGUGUUUGACGCGUCAGUGGAACAUGUCGCCUCUCACAUGUUCCUCAGAAGCCUCUGUCUGCAGAAGACCGUCUACGCCUCACCAAAUCCAGAGAUGAUCACAAUAUACUACUACAAGUCAGACUUCAAAAAGUUCAGAGGGAUCCCAGUGGUCCUGAACUUCACAGGGUCUGACUGUUUCCUCAAGUGCUCCAAAGAAGAAGAGAGAAUCCUCCUCCAAGUGGAGGUUUGUGAAAAGCAGAAACUGCAGAAGAUCUCCAAAAGCGACGAGGGCACCCUUUCGUUUGUCUUCUACAUGAAGGGUGAUCGGACAGACGACCGGACCUUUGAGUCAGCGCUGCACCUCGGCUGGUUCAUCCAAAUUGUCAACACAGACUCAGUGGAAGUAACAGAAAAAGAGCGACCUGAAGAGGAUAAUCAUUUCCGUGUCAUCAUUCAGAAGAAUUAAUAGAGCUAAACACAGACUGAAUUGAGCCACCUGGUUCAAUGAUACACAAGCUCUUUCCACUUUGCCAGAUUCUGCUAUUGCAGAAGUGUGUUGAUAUGUAUCAUAUAACUAAUGUUUUUGCAUAUGUGUGAAAAAGAGAUGAGUGAAGUCAUGUUCGGUAAUUUUGGUUUUUAAAGUAAACUUUGAAAGCUACUUGCAUUUUUAUGAGUAAUUUAGUGUAAAAAGUCAAUUUUGUAAAAAAAAAAAAAACAAAAACAAAAUGUCAGCGUAUUACACUGGGUUACAAAAAAAUGUUUUUUG